UUUUUUUCAGGGGAGAGGAAAUCCUAAGGAAAUGUGUGGGAUCACGCUCUGGGUUUCCAAGUAGCCGGGGCAUUAUUUACAAAGUAUUUACACCGUGUAACGUUGGAUCGUGGCGCAUACCGAUCAUCCGACACAAACACGGGUGUGUCGACCGACAAGUAAGGGGGGGAACCGGGGAAGCGGCCGUCGUUAGGUCAAAAUGUCGAUUCAGUACGUGGUGGAACAGCUGUCUGACAGCUACGGGGUUGCGGACUCGUUCCCUAAAGAUUUCGGUUAUGGUGAAGAGCCCGACAUGGAGGACAGCCCGUCCCCGUCCGACAGCAAGCCCCGAAUCCUGCUCAUGGGCUUGAGGAGAAGCGGAAAAUCCUCCAUACAGAAGGUGGUUUUCCACAAAAUGUCUCCCAACGAGACAUUGUUUCUUGAGAGCACCAACAAGAUCUACAAAGACGACAUCUCCAGCAGCUCGUUCGUCAACUUCCAGAUCUGGGACUUCCCAGGCCAGGUGGACUUCUUCGACCCUACCUUCGACUACGAGAUGAUCUUCAGAGGAACCGGGGCUUUGAUAUUCGUCAUUGAUGCUCAGGAUGAUUACGUGGAGGCUCUGGGCAGACUGCACCUCACUGUGUCGCGGGCCUACAGGGUCAAUCCAGAGAUCAACUUUGAGGUGUUCAUCCACAAAGUGGACGGCCUGUCAGACGAUCACAAGAUCGAGACCCAGAGGGACAUCCACCAGAGAGCCAACGACGAUCUGGCCGAUGCCAACCUGGAGAAGCUGCAUCUCAGCUUUUACUUGACGAGUAUUUAUGACCACUCCAUUUUUGAGGCCUUCAGCAAAGUGGUGCAGAAGCUCAUCCCUCAGCUCCCCACUCUGGAGAACCUCCUCAACAUCUUCAUUUCUAAUUCAGGGAUAGAGAAAGCCUUUCUCUUCGACGUGGUCAGUAAGAUCUACAUCGCCACCGACAGCUCUCCUGUGGACAUGCAGUCCUACGAACUGUGCUGCGACAUGAUCGACGUGGUCAUCGACGUCUCCUGCAUCUACGGCCUGAGGGAGGAUGGCAGCGGCAGUGCCUAUGACAAGGAGUCCAUGGCCAUCAUCAAGCUCAACAACACCACUGUGCUGUACCUGAAGGAGGUCACUAAGUUCCUGGCUCUCGUCUGCAUCCUGCGAGAAGAGAGCUUCGAGCGCAAAGGAUUGAUAGACUACAAUUUCCACUGUUUCCGGAAGGCCAUCCACGAGGUGUUCGAGGUGGGCGUCUCCGCCCAGCGCCCGCUGGGCUCCCAGGCUGUGGGCUCGCCCUGCAACAAGGCCGUGGCACUGAACGGCACGCCGCGCAACACUGUCUAGACACUUACGCCCAUUAAAACGGACUCAAGAAGAGACAUGAGGGAAGGACGGACAGAGCGGCUAGGGAGCCUGUAGGAGAGAGACUACCCAAGGGGGGCUCAGCAGUGCGUGUGGGAGCAGCACUGAGGGGUCGGGCUGAGAUGGGAGAGGCGUUCAGGCAUCAGGUGAAUGCGAAGCACCGCGUCGGCUGUGAAGAAGUCAAGAGUGAACCUGCACGUGCGCACAAAAAGGUGCACGUUAAAUCUUUUGGGAUUUCCUAAAGCGGUCAGAGGCUGUCGUAUUUAGCUGCUGGUUUCUGUACAAACUGUGGAGAAGGGUAAGACUAACCUCCCCUGUGACCUCUGGCAGGAAUCCGUCUCGUGAACCCACCCGACCACUUCUGUGAUGACAAAAAAACAAAUCAAAAAGGUAGAUGUGAACUGCUAGUCCUACCCCACACGUGUUCAGAGAUGGCCUUAUGUAGAUGAAGCUUGGCUGCAGUGCAAGCUUUCUCUCACCACCACUCACCUCACCCGACCUGAAUGCUGCGCAAAAGUUUUUUUUUUUUUUUGGGGGGGGGGGUCUCACUUGUGAGGGGACACGAGAUGAAAGGUAGUGAGCAGACUGAAAAGGGAGUGUGUGUGUGUGUGUGUGUGUGUGUGUGUGUGUGUGUGUGUGUGUGUGUGUGUGUGUGUGUGUGUGUGUGUGUGUGUGUGUGUGUGUGUGUGUGUGUGUGUGUGUGUGUGUGUGUGUGUGUGUGUGUGUGUGUGUGUGUGUGUGUGUGUGUGUGUGUGUGUGUGUGUGUGUGUGUGUGUGUGUGUGUGUCGGUGAAAGGUUUUCGUUCCAUGUGCUCCAGUGAUGGAGCUUUACAGACCAGUGCGUCCUCCUCAGUAAACGCUUAGCAUAAUUAUCAAUCGGUGAAAGUAACUUUUCUGUUUGUGCUCCACUGAAAAUGAAACCUUCAAUUGACCGUCGUAAAGGUUGUAAAAGUUUGUGUUGCUGGAAAUGUUCUUUUUAAAGCACUGCCAAAAUAUGAAAUGAUUUAUGCACAAUAAAAAAUGAUUUAAAAUGCAUUUGCCUUCUAAGAGAGAAGUGAAUCAGGUGUGAAUCAGGUGGAGCAGGGCGGAGGAAGGGGUUGUUGCAACGAGCAUGUUUUUCCACCUUCAGUCGCAGUCCUGCCAAAAAUAACACUACCCUUGUUUUAUUUCGUCAGCCUCUGAUUAGCAGGAGUCAUGAAAGCAAAAUGUUCUCAUUCCAAGCAUGCGUACAUGAGUGUGUUGUCAUUAUUCUCACACUUCACACUGCUCAUUCUGUGUAAAUGUGGGGAAACAGGGACUAACAGAAAACGUAACCAAUAAAGGUGAAACGAACCAAUUUUUUUUCCAUGACCGUCACACACCGGGUGUGUUUGCUUUGUGUCGGGGUGAGAGGUGGGAACUUGUCCAGCUGCUGCAUUAAAAGACUAGAAACCCGACUCAUGGAGCAGAUUAACGCUGGUAUUCAGGUGAACAUCAACCUGCUUCCUGAACGAGGUUGUUCUCACUAACCUGGAAAUAAACACAAAAUGCACAUCAGAUCUUUGAUAGGCGGCUGGUUUCAUGUAUUGUGAUGCUAUACUGUGUGGAAAUAAAUUACAAUUUUAUUUUUCGUCUUA